AUGGACGUGAAUUGCAGUGAUCCGUUUUCAACGACUCUAAAUGACAAUCCCGAACAAGUUAGAAUCAAGUCAGUCAAACUGUCCCAGUUGCUUUAUGCUGAUGCCGCGAACGAUGUCUUUACAAGAGAAUCACUGGUAGGCUAAGUUUUUUCAAUUCUAAUUUUUUUGAUAUAGAUGAAAUAAAUGGAAAUAGCUUAAAUCUUACUUUUAUCAAAUGCUGCCAGCAUUGAAAUGUUUUGAGGAAAGAACAUGCAAUCAUUUUACAUCUUAAGUUUUUUAGUUGUGAUGAAACCGACAAUACAAGUGUAACUUGUUUUCCAAGUGUGGUUCAUCUCAUUCUCUGUUGUCUCUCAGUGAUAUCUUCUCAUAUACAUUUUAAAAAAUUGCAGAAGAAAAAAAGACAUCUCGAAAAGGAAAGAGGCAAAGGCGAAGGAGAAAGUGAUAAUGCAUGUGACAUACGACAUCCUUCCUGUCCACUGCUUCCAUUUCGAUUCGAUACUCAGGUAGAAGUUAAAAAAUUUACAUAAGCCUAGCCAACACAUUCAUAUCAGUUUCGCGUUUAUUAAUAUUUUGCCUGUUACUUAGAAACAGAAAAUCUCUGUUAUUUUAAUUUUUUCACUUCCUGCUAUGAUCGUCGGAUCAUCUCAUCAACAAACCACAGAAACCUAAUCAUAUAAAUGUUUUCCAUAUGAUUAUUAAAACAGUACCCCCCAUUAAAACCAUCAAAGCCAUGCAAGAUAUGCAACUUGUCACCUUGUCAAGUGAUUGGUUGAUUCGUUGCUACGAGAAAUGAAUAUUUCAUAAUGUAUGAGUUAAAAGGGAAAGGGAAAAAGACGAAGGCGAAGGGAGAAGUGUAAAGGUUUGUGACAUACAAGAUCAUCCUUCACGUUCACUGCUACAAUUUCGAUUCCACACUCAGGUAGAAGUUAAUAAUUGACAAAGGCCUAGCAAUCACAUCCAUAUCAGUUUCGUUUUAAUAUUUUACCUGUUACCUUGUUUCCCUGGGUAGAUGAGACAAAAGCUUCAAGAUCUCCUCUUAAUUAUUAUGAUAAUAGGAGACAAUUUAUUUUUGGUAUCAUUAUUAAUCAUCGCUUCAAUUUUGGAAACAUACCUGUCGACUAAAAUAAGGGAAGCUGAAUUGAAAAAAAUUUCACGAUCUCAAAAUUUAGAAUUUUAGUUAUGCAGAUGCAUACUACAAAGUUUCUGAAAAAAAGUAUGUGACAGCAGACAUUAUUGGACAAAAAUUUCAUCGAUUCCAAUCGGCAUAAUUAGGUCUGGUUUUUAAUUGCGAAAAGCUUGCCAGAAAGAUAAGUUUUUUAAAUAGACAUUCCUUUUCAGGUUGUUCCGAAACAUAUUUAGGAUCUUAAAUGUCAAUGUUUUGAAAUACUUUACCAUCAAUAGAUAUCGUCCUAUGAGCUGAAAUUUGAGAUAACAGUUUGGUUUGAACGUAUUUAAUUUACUGAAGAAGCCGUAAAAAAAUAUUUGGUUAGCAAGUUUCGAUAAUCUGUAAAAUCAUAAGCAUAAAAAUCUGGAAGGUUGUUUGCUUUUGGUAAAAUGUUACGCCCCAUAAAAUGACUAGACGAUACGUCACAUCUUCCUUAUUUUUUUCCUGAAGCAUCUUAGCGGGCUGGUAUCUUCAAGCUCCUUUUUAACUUACUGUCUUGAAAAAAAGGAGGAAGAAGUAUGUAGAGUUUGUCGCACCUUAUUUUGUGAAGAGUAAUUCUGAAAAUUUUGUUGAUUCCACAGUUUUGCAAUUGUUUUGAUCAUUGUUCUGUUUGGCAUUGAACUAAACCACGCAAGGUCUUGCCAUAGGUUUGAUAAGAGGCGUAAUGGAUCCCUUUCAUGCUUUAAAAUACUAAAUAUGACUUGACUUUAACAUACGAAAAUUUCUUGUCUCUAGCAUGGGCUUUAAGGCCUCCAAGAGCUAGCUGUGGGAACCCCUAUUUUGACAACUUCGAAAGUGGUUGAUGCAACAGCCUUGCCGUCAAAAAACAUUUUCGCCAGCAACUGAGUUUCAGUAAUUUGUAAAAUCAGAGGCAUACAAUCUCAAAGGUCAUAUGCUUUUCGUAAAACUUCAUGCCCCAUAAAAUUGCUCGAAGAUAAGUCACAUCUCCCCUAUUUCGAAAGGGUCGUUAUGGAACCCUUUCCCAAUAUCUGCUUGUUUGUCAGUGUCUUGUACGCCAUAAUUGUCAUAAUUGCUCGUCCUAUAUAAAUUUCUAGGUUAUUGCGUCUUUCUUAUCAAGAUAGCGCAGAUUCGCGGGCGCCCACUAUUUCACUGUCGGAUUGUUGGAAGAUCCCGAACUCGGAAUCGUGUUCGCAUUAGAAUUUACAGAUUCAAAUAAUAAACUCUUUUUCAUUACUUCUACGUUUCUAGGAAGAACCGGAGAAAAUUUACGGGAAACGAAAGAAGAGGAAAAUCAAAUCCACCUUAAAUUCGGUUUCUAAG